CGCGCAGUAUCGUGACCGCGCGCGCAACCCCUAAGCCUGAAUUAUGACGCAUUGGUUUCGUUUUCAAAAGUGGGAAUCGCUGAGCUUUUUGGUCGUAUAAACAGAAUAAUGCUUUGCUAUUUUUGGCUAGUGUUAGAUCUAGUUAAAAGUCAGUAACUAGUAUAUCAGCAAAUCGGUAAUUCAAGGGUUGUUUAUGUGACACGAAUCACGAUGCCUAAUGACCCAAAUGAGUUAACUUACGCAUUGAAGGUAUUAGGAGAUAAACUAGAAAAGGAUGACAGAUUUCAGAAAUUAAUACAUGAUGCGAUCAGAAAGGGAAAAUUCAACCGGGGCAGAGUGAAUGAAGUGUUCUUUAAAGCACUAUUUUCAGCAGGAGACAAAAUAGGAGAGUUCUUAAAUGAGCUGAUAAAUAAUCUGAACCUGUUUAAAGUUCUAGGUGAUUUCAGCUGGAAUCCUCCUGUUUUAAAAGAAGCUGGAUUAAAUGAACAAACCAGCCAACUCCAGAUCCAGCAACAUGAGUAUGCAAGUGGAUUUUCAAACUACGGUUUUUGGGAGACAGGCAGUUUGGCAAGGGAUGGCAUCACUUCGCCAGGAGGGCCGCAAGUUGCAAGCAUUGAAGAAGAUCUGCUCUCAAAACUGGCAGAACUUAUAAUUGAUAUUGGAGAUCGUUUGGACAAAAUAGAAAAAAAAGGUCAAUUUUUACCAGAGAAUGCAAAAAAGAUUUCAUUGGAUUUUUUUAAUACCUAUAAAAGUGCUAAACUUUCAUCUGAAGCAGUGGAACUUGCACCUUGUUAUACUGAACCAGUGAUCAUUCAGAGGAGCAAAGAGCAGACUGAGAAAUACUGUCAAGAAUAUGUGAGAUCUCCAUACACAUCAUCUCAACUGUUAUCAAAUGACAAAACUCAGAGCAUCAGAAUCUACCAGCUCUUCAGUCCUGACAGUGAUGGAAACACACCGAAAACUGUGAUACUCAGUGGAGAUUCUGGAAGAGGAAAAUCCUUCGUAUUAGAGAAGAUCAUCUUGGACUGGGUUCAUGUGGAACAUCAUUUUGAAAACUUUGAUGCUGUUUUUCUUCUGAAAUAUGAAGAGCUGAAGUGUCUUUCUAAGGAGAUGAGCCUGAUUGAGCUCUUAAGCAGGAGCUGUAGUUUAACCUCAGAUCAGAUCUCACGGAUACUACAAUUAACCCCAGAGAAAGUUAUGUUCCUCAUUGAUGGAAUUGAUGAUUUCUCAUUUAAUCCACACAUUCAAAUCUCAUCACCCACUGAUCCAUCCCAGAAAGCCCCAGUUAUAAACAUUAUUCGCUGCCUUAUGAGGGAUCUCUUGCUAGUUGAGUCUUCUGUGAUCGUCACCACUAGAUAUACAGCUGCUGCUGAAUUAAGCAAUCUAUGUAAAAGACCUCAGCGUUUCACAGAGAUUGAGGGUUUCUCUGAGAGAGGGGUGAAGGAGUAUUUCCAGAAGUUCUUUCAGGAUGAGCAACUCUUCAAGAAAGCAUACGAGAGAGUGAAGACCAAUGAAACCCCCCUGACCUUCUGCUCUAUGCCUUUGCUGUGCUGGAUGGUCUAUUUUUGUCUGAGAAAAAAUGCUGAUUGGGUAAUGACAGAACUAAAGACCACCACAUCCAUAUAUGUGCACUUUGUGUCGACUCUGCUGGAGGAUCAUCACCAGAGUCAGUCUGUCCUCAGGAGUCUUGGUCAGCUGGCAGAGGAAGGGCUGAAGAACCAACAAGACCUGUUUGAUGAAAAGAGUGUAACCAAGACUGGUUUGGAUCCUGCUACUAGUGUGUUCUUGAAUAAACAUUAUCUUAAAGGAAAGAAAAAACAUGAACUAUAUUUCAAGUUUAAGCAUUUGAGCUUUCAGGAGUUCUUCGCUGCUCAUUAUUAUAUCAUGCUGGAUGAAGAAGAGUCUUGGUGUAAAGUCAAUGAGCUGUUUAACAUGAUGGAAUCAGAGGCUUUAAUCCACAGGUCAUCUCCCAUUUUUAGAGGCAGAUUAUCAAAUCCCAUCCCUUCUGUCAUGAUGUUUCUCUGUGGUCUCUUUAAUGAGAAGGUGAGCAGCUCACUUUUUAAGAAGAUGAAGUCUACUUUUCCUCACAACGUAAAGCUGAAGAAAAAAGAACUGAAGAAAAAGCUGAUGAAAAUGAUUCCUGCAAUGAUACGUCAGUAUGGAUUUGAAUUGUUUGCUCUUCACUGUCUGUAUGAGCUCCAGGAUGAUAGACUUGUCUCGAAAGUUCUGAAAACACACAAGUUCAUGGAUCUGUCCAAUGUUUCUCUGAGGAGCACAGACUGUUUGGUGCUGUGCUACUGUCUUCAGUUGUGUCCAAACAUCAGAGACCUGAACUUCAUGAACUGUGAUUUAACAGCUGAUAAACUCAAGAUUCUUCAGCCGGCACUUGGUCUGUGUGAGACUCUGAGGUUUUCAGUGGAGCAUCUGUCAGAGAUCGGGGAUUUGAUCCAGAUUCUUGGUGAAUCAAAAAUCUUGAGGGAGCUUAAAGUUCGAGAGGAUGAAUAUAGUGUUGAGAGCCCUAGAUGGUCAUUUGACCUUACAGUCACCUGUGGAGAUGUCUUGUUGACUUUGAGCUCAUUUGAGAAGAAUCCAUCAUUUUCAUCAGUCUUAAACAUCAGACUUACAUUUGCACAAUCACAGAUAUCCAGAACUGACUGGACACUCUUUCUUCAGAGACUCCGUAAGACUGAAACAUUAACUGAAGACUCUUCGGCUCAUGAUGAUCAUGUCAGUUUGCUGCUGUCUUCAUUUCACUCUGCGGGAUUAAAGACGUUGGAUCUGAAGUUGGUCAGUCUGACUGAGGGCUGGGCUUUUGAGAUUAUAUCCCUCAUCCAGAACUUUACCAGUUUACAGCAGCUCAAAGUCAGUGUCACUGGUUUGCUGUUGGAGGAGGGACUAAAGUUACUGAAGAAGUCACUGACAGACCCACACUGCACCGUGAGCAUUGAAGGGAGGAGGAAUUGCAGUGAACCCUUAGAAGAGCACUUGAGUCAAAGUUAUAAGAAAGUGGAGAUCCACUUCAAACCAAAGCUUCUGAAAGAUCUGGCAGAACUGAGCAUCUGUGACUCUGGAGCGUCUGCACUGGAUCUUCACUGUCAGUCUUGUGUUGACGUUGCUGAUUCAGAUCAGUGGGUUCAGGUGGAGCCGUCAGUCUGUAGAGAUGAAGGAGGCUCAGAGUUCAGGAUCAGCACUCAGGCGGGUCGAUUCCAGUGCAGCAGGACCAGAAUGCGAUGGGUCUGUGAUGUAGACGUCACUAUCCACUACCGGGAAGUGGAUGGACAUUUCCUCAACGCAGAGCUGGAGAGACUUCAGUGUGAGCGAGUUGCUCCUGUGCUGGAUGUGAAUGUGAUCUCAGGGAAACUGGAGGAGGCUCAUCUGCCUCACUACAUGUGUUUAGCAGAGUCAGACCCUGCUCUUACCAACGCUGUCAAGCUCCUCAGCAAGAGAGAUGAAGGAAUAUCUGUACAAUCUGUAGAGCUCAGCCGUUAUCAUGCUAAAAUACUUCAACCGUCAUUCUCUCUUACAACUCUGAUUAUAAACUGGAUCAUGAAAUGGGAAGCACACUGUAAUCUUCUCCUCUAUAUGCGCUGUAGAGAUCCUCUCAUUCUUCAUGUCUAUUUUUUCCCGGUGAAUGAUACUUGCUCUAAAGAAAGAGUAGAGCAGAAUGAAAGAUCAAGUCUUCUGAUCAGCCACCCCAGACCUAACAGGCCGUUUCGGAUGAAAACUCCGCAUCUUCUCGAGGUUCCUGGUGCAUCUGUCCAUCCUGUAGAGGGAAUUUCAUUCAGAACAGACUUUGAGCCAAACUUCUUCAAGGUCAGGAAGCUUCAGGACGAUGAUGUACAAAUGAAUCUCAUCAGAGAGGAAGACAAGGAGUCUGUGUGGACGGCCACUAUAUGGAAAGAUGAAUUUGUCGACUCAAAGCAAGUCCAGGAUGAGCCACAAUUGAAUUCAGAGAUUGAUAAAAGUCUGUUUUUUGAUGCACACAGAUUGGCUUUCAUUCAGAGGGUUAUAAAUGUGAAGAGCAUUGCAGAUAAACUUCAUGAGCAGAGAAUAAUUCAUAAAGAAUUAUAUUCUAAAAUCAUACAGACUAAUUUGCCCAGUCAGGAGUUUAUGAGAGACAUCUGUGACUCUGUGGAUUCAAGUGGUGCGACUGCAAAAAGGAAAUUCAUUGUAAUUCUUCAGGAAGAAGAGCCCUGCCUCCUUGAAGAACUGAUGCGCUCUGAUUCAUAAUUUUGUAUUGUGCUUUAGAACAGGAACUGUAUAUAUGGUCAGCUAGGAUAUUCUAAAGUUUAAUUGUUUGAUGCAACAGAGUGAGAUGCAUUGAUUUGCAGACUGAACUGACAUUAACUUGAGCAUGUACUUUGCAUUUAACUGGAGAUUUAUUUAGACUCAUUUAGUGGUCAUUUUGGGCGACGCAGUGGUGCAGUAAGUAGUGCUGUCGCCUCACAGCAAGAAGGUCGCAGGUUCGAGCCUCGGCUGGGUCAGUUGGCAUUUCAGUGUGGAGUUUGCAUGUUCUCCCUGCGUUCGCGUGGGUUUCCUCCGGGUGCUCCGGUUUCCCCCACAGUCCAAAGACAUGCGGUACAGAUGUAUUGGGUAGGCUAAAUUGUCCAUAGUGUAUGUGUGUUUGAAUAAGUGUGUAUGUGUUUCCCAGUGAUGGGUUGCAGCUGGAAGGGCAUCCGCUGCAUAAAACAAAUGCUGGAGAAGUUGGUGGUUCAUUCCGCUGUGGCGACCCCAGAUUAAUAAAGGGACUAAGCCGAAAAGAAAAUGAAUGAGUGGUAUUAAAUUCACCAAGUAAAAUGCAGUGCUAAAAUGGU